GCGAAGGUUGUGUCGCGGAUGUUUUAAUUUUAAUAAAUAGAAACAAUAAGAAAGUACGGGCGCGAUGGUUAUAAUUGUUUUACAUUAACCAGAAAAACAGAGUUUAAUAAAAAAAAAUUGUAGUGUGCGGUUCAAAAAAUACAAUUAAAAGGCGUUGAAAAGUACAUGAAACGAAAAUGUUUUUCAACUACAAGUGAUUGGUGCGUGGAGAAGCAGAAACACGAUCGCUACUGGAAUUUAACGAAGGCUGAAUUCCUUUAUAAUUAGUUAAAUUAAGCAAACAAAUAAACACACAAUUUCAAUUGCACUCAUUUCUGUGCGACUUGAAAGCGAGAAAGAGAGAGAAACAACACAAUAUUUAGUGAUCGUAUGGCGCGUUGUGCGCGAGAGUUUCUGUCGUGUGCGAGCGAGUAUUAGUGCGAGAGUUUGUGUGCGUGUGUGUGUCUGUGUCGGAAUGGAAUGCAGUUAUGAGCAGAUAAAUAAAUAAUGUCGCUCUCUCUGUCGCUCUUACGCUGCUGUCUGUAAUACAUUGCACAAGGCAAAGGCAAAUCGAGCAGCAUAAACAAGAGAAACCCAAAAAGGCCCCCCAAACGAAAAAAAAAGUAAAAAACGCGCGCGCCAAGUGACUGCUAAAAGUUUGUGUUGUGUGUGUGUAAAUUUUUUUUUGUUGUUUCGCCAAAAUGUCGACUCAACAGCAGCAGCAACAACAACAACAACAACAGCAGCAGCAGCGACAACAUGCAUUUCCACAGCAGCAUCAUCUUCAACAUCAACAUCAUGGACAGCACGAGUUUCCACUGCCCGAGGGCUGGGACAUUGCCAGGGAUUUCGACGGCAAGACCUACUACAUAGAUCACAUUAACAAAAAGACCACAUGGCUGGAUCCCAGAGAUCGUUACACUAAGCCACAGUCGUUUGAGGACUGCGUGGGCGAUGAGCUGCCCGUGGGGUGGGAGGAGGCGUACGACCCGAAUAUUGGACGCUACUAUAUCAAUCACAUAGCCCAAAGCACGCAGCUUGAGGAUCCGCGGCAGGAGUGGAAGAGCGUGCAGGAGCAGAUGCUGAGCGAUUACCUCUCCGCCGCACAGGAUCAGCUGGAGAACAAGCGCGAAAUGUUUGAUGUCAAGCAGCAGCGUUUGCUGCUGGCGCAGGAAGAAUACAAUCACCUCAACAAAUUGGCGGCCAGCCGCAGCAGCUUGUGCUCUUCGUCCAGCUCUGUGAGUCGACACGAUCCGGAGCUGCUCAGGGCCGAUCUGAUGCUGGCGCGUGAGCGCGUGCGGCAGCUGAAGCAGGAGCUGAAUCACAUAACCAACGACAUUUCGUAUACGCAGCGUGGCAUGGACACGCUCUACUCGGUGGGCGAGAAGAUCAAUGCGCGACAGAAUGGCUGCUACGACAUUGCCGAGGUGCAGGCCAUACGCGAGGAGAUGCUCAAGGUGCACAAGUCGCUCGUCUCGGGCGAGAAGGUGCGCGAGGAGCUCAUGCGCAGUCUGGUGCAGAUCAAGAACGAGCUGAGUCGCCAGCAAAUCAACGAGGAGAACGCCGAGCUGCUCAAUGCCAACUCGCCGUUCGAUCGUGUCUGUGUAGCCAGCCAAACGGAUCUCUGUGGGGCCGGCGAGCACUUGAACAGCGGGGCACGCUUUGCGGAAAUGGCCAAGACGAAGCUGCAGUACGCCGAGUGGCGCAAGCACAUCAAGAAGCUGCAGCAGCAGCUGGCGGAUCAUGUGGAGCGCAUCGAGCCCGGCCAGCUGGAGUCGGACAAGGAUCGCAUACUGCUGAUACAGGAGAAGGAGAAGCUGCUCAAUGAUCUGAAUAGCAUAUCGCUCAAGUCGCGCAGCGCUGAGGAGAAGCAAGUCAUACAACAGACGCGCCACAAGCUGGAGGAGGAUCUGAAGGAGGCCUACGAGGCGAACAAUACGUGCAUUGCCAAUCGCCUGCGCUUCCACGAGGAGAAGCAGUUGCUGCUGGACAAACUGCAAGAGGCACUCAAGUCGACCAAACUGCUGGAGGAGCGACUCAAGUCCUUCUCCUCGGAGAGCACCUUUUCCAUUAGCAGCGGCAGCAGCCUCGGCUCGCUCUCCACGGCCAGCAGCAAGAGUGCGCUGAGCUUCACAGACAUAUACAUAGAUCCCUUUGCCGUGGACUCACCCAUUGAUGUCAUUGAUCUGCAGCGCCGCUCGCAACGUCUCUUCCAGCAGCAGCAGCGACUGCCGCCCGUGCAUCCUGCGCUACACCAGCAGCAGCAGCAGCAGCAGCAGCAGCAACAACAACAGCCGCUGCAUGUUUCGGAAAUGUCGCUGUCGCCUCGCAGCAGCCUCUCCAUGGAAACGCCCCCCGCCUCGCCCAUGAAGUACAAUGCGCAUGCCGAGCAGACGCAGCCCAAGGAGGAACCCACCUAUGCCAAUGCCAUGCCAGUGCUGCCGCCGCUGAACGCACCGCCCGCCUAUGGCUCCCAACCAGUGGCACCACUCGCUGUGCGCGCUCAUCCCUAUGACUUGGACUCCACCGUGCUCGACUGCAUGAUGCUGGAGGCCAAACUGCAGAAGCUCAAUAUGAGCUCGCCUAUUAAUCUGAAUGUGCCGCUGUCGCCGAUUUCGGAGAAGCCCCCAUUGUUGGAUUUGCCCCAGGAGAUGCUCAGCCGCUCCUCGUCCACCUCAAACACGCGCUCCGUUUCAGCAGCCGUUAGCAAUGAGUCCGUCGCCGGCGACUCCGGCGUCUUUGAGGCUUCGCGUGCGCAUUUGCCGCGCAAAGAACUCGCCCAGGUGCAGAUUGGGCUCAAGUAUCUGAAGCAGGAGGGCGUGCUUGUGGUAUCACUGGAACGUGCCAACAAUUUGUCAGCGCUUUGGACUGCCACCACGGACAAUUCCCAAGUUUAUUUGCGCGCCGCUUUGCUGCCCAAUUCGUUGACCUCCAUACGCACCAAGGCGCUGGGAGACUUUCAAAAGCCCGUCUUCAAUGACACCUUCGCUGUGCCCAUAUCGCUGGACAAGCUGCUGAGCAAGAGCCUCCAGGUGACCGUGGUGAGCAUGACUGGCCAAAAGGAGGAGAUUAUUGGCACUGUGCAGAUCAGCAUGGCCGAAUUCAAUCCAGAGGACUCUACGCUCAAGUGGUACAAUGUGCUCAGCUCCAAGUUCAUACCCACCUUCGAGUCGCUGGAUCUGCCCUCCACCAGCGCAGCGGCUGCUGCUGCCGCCGUUGCAGCCAGCAACAAUAAUCUUAACAACAACAGAGAGGAGUCCUCAGAUGAAUCCACCAUAACAUCGUCGCAGACAUCGACGCUCACACGCAACCAGGCGCCACCUUUGGAGCUGCAGGCGCAAAUCGCCGAAGAACUGCCCGAGCAUAUGCGUCUGAAUGAUCAGCAGUGCAGCGAUGACGAUGACGAUGACGAAGAGGAUGAGCAGCAGCUGGUGGGCACCAUGGGUCUAACGCACUCUGGUUGCAUGUUGGAUGCUUAUUUGGAAAAUAUGAAGCAAGAGUAUGCUGACAAGGAGACCAACACGGAUUGUGCCUUCCCCGUUGAGAAACUGCGCAAUCAGUCACAGCUGCUGGAUGACAGGCCAGUGAAGCGUUCCCAAACCUUUACGCCUUCGGCAGCGGUCAGCAAGAACCGUUACAACUGCCGUCUCAAUCGCAGUGAUUCGGACUCUGCCAUGCACUUUGGCGUCACGCCGCACACUUUCCAUCGCGGAGCCGUCGAACGGCGCUCGUUGCGCUUCCAUCCCAAGGCGACCAAGUCGGCAACCAAACUGCAUCAUACUCACAUACCGCGCACUAGCUUAGAUCUGGAGCUGGAUCUGCAGGCGCAGCAUAGCAAGCUAUUCUUCCUUAACGAUCAAAUUUCCAAGCUGCAGAAUCUCAAAGAAGUUUUGCAGAAAGCUUGCGAGAAUAAGGAUCCGCUGAUCGCCGCCUGGGCCAUCGAAAACGAGGAGUUCCAGCGCUUAGUAGCGCGCGCCGAUCCAGCCAAAUGCCCUGAGGAGCGACAGCUGCAAAAGUUGCUAAUGAAGACAGCCAAAGAAAUUCACAAACUGCGCAAAACCAAAGUGCCCAAAGGCUGCCCAGAUUUGGUAUCAUUCAAAGAGAAGAUGUCGUUCUUUACACGCAAAGGCCUCUCAGUGCCCGAGCUGCCCAGCGAGUUCAUGAUGCCUGAUGCGGAUGCCAUCGAGGAGGAGGAGGAGGAAGAUGAUGAUGAUGAUGAUGAGGACAAUGCCGCCGAGACGGUCAUUGCCAUUAACACUGCUCUGGUGGCCAGCAGCAAUAGAAAUAAGAAUCUCAAUGAGCAUCACCAUCGAGCAACAGGAACAGCAACAGGCGGCGCUGUGCCUAAGCUACCGGCCACGCCCUGCCCAGCCAGUCCAGCAAGCACACCAGCUACAGCGACUGACGCAACCACAGCAGCGUCGCCAAAGGACGCCGAAGAUGAUGAUGCUGCUGCUGCUGCUGCUGCUGCUGCUGUCAAGGCAGAACAGACACGCUACGACUACGUGGUCGAUCGCAAUUAUGGCGUGGAGGUGUAGUCGCUACGCUCCGACACCCACCCUCCCACCUUCGCUGUACAUUUUGUAAUUAAAUAUUGGAUAUUUAUUUUCUUUAAGCUUAUAGUAUUUAUGUGUAUAGAGGAGAAAUGAAAUGAAACUGAUGUAACAAAAAUCUGUGCCUUAUAGAGAAUGAGCAACUAUAUACAACAAAACAAAACAAAAACAGAAACAAGAAAACAAAAAAAUAUGCAAAAACAAUGAUAUAUUAUUAAGAUAGUACGUAGCCUUAACUAUCUCUAAAUAUAUUUGUAAGUAGUAGCCUAUAUUAAUUACCCAAAUUACCACAGUCAGUUUGCACUAAUUGACACCCGCCCGCCCCCUACAUAAACCUGUCCCUGUAUAAAGAAAAAGCGUAAAAAAGGAAAAUAUUCUAAAAACAAUCCUAGACCCAACACAAACCGCCCCGCCUAGGCCCGCCUUUAAUAACGCACACAUUGUGCGUUUGAUACUUUCAAAUUCAUAUUGAAACCAACUGUAUUCUUAAGACUUGAGCAAAUUAUACGAAUGUAGAGGAAUAUUCUUUGUAUACAUAUAGAACAUAGUGAUAAAAUUUACAUUAGCUUAGUUGAAAAAACAGCCCACAUAAAAAAUUGAAUAAAAAUUAAUCUAUAUUUAUUACAUACAUGCAUAUUACUCUAAUCUGUUAGUUUAAAUAGCUUGCGUUUUUGUUAAGCUCUUAACCGACUCUAUUACUUUUUUAUAAACAAAAAAAUCAAAAAAAUUUGAAAACAAGAGCAUUAAGCUUGCAACAUAUUAGUUGAACGUCUGAGUAACAACAACAUUGUUAUUUGAGUUUGAGAGAACCUAUUAAGCCCAUGUCCAGCAGAUACUAUGAAUUUGAGGAAUGAAUUAAGAGAAAAACUAUUAAGAUAAUUCAUAAAUUAGUUGUAGUUAUUGCUUUCUCAGCUCUAUGAUAAGUAUAUCUGUUGUUUUGUUAACACUAACCGCGCCUUCCCCCAAAAAAACUCAGUACUAGUUAGUAAUAACACGCAGAGAAACCACACAUAUUUUUAUAUAUAUACAUUUAUUUGGUAGUAACCUAGUUGUAAUAAAUUAUAUGAAACCAGAACAUGUAUAUUGUAACUGUGCAAUAAACAAAAAAACAAAAAAAAAACUACUGACAUAACGGAAA